UGGAUGUGGCUCUGGGCAGCCUGGGCUGCUGGUUGGCGACCUGCACACAGCGGGGGGUUGGAACUGAUGAGCACUGCGGGCCUCUGCAACCCAGGGCAUUCCAUGAGCCUGUGACUUUCACAGCCAGAAGCACUCAGCUGUCCGUGCCCAGGACGGGAGCAGCUGUGCAGUGGCACAGACAUCCUCGCCGGGCAUCCAAAGGAGCUCCUCUCUGUGCUCGGGAGCGUUUCUGGGAAUUUCAGCCUUGGGCUGGGGGCAAAGCCACGGGUCUGUCCCUCCUGGGCACACCCUGAGGGGUCAUAGCAGGCGUCCCUUGGCUAUUACGACAUCAGAACAUCAGAACCCGCCAUCCUCCUCAGCCACGCCGCAGAGGCGUGCGGCAGUGCAGUCUUGCGAGGGUUGCAGAGCAGGUGAGCAGGGGAAGAGGUGCUCGUGUCCUGGGAGGAGAGCGAGCUGCUCCCUGUGUCUGUGCAAGUGAAGGUGCCGAAAUGCCAGCCCAGCUGGGCAGGGAGGGCGUUGCCCAAGAGAGGAGAAGGAGGAGCCCCGGCCUGCUUCUGGCAGUCCUUUCUGCUGCAGCCUUCAUCUGGAUAUUGGCAGCUUGGAGAAAUGGCAUCCUACAGGCGGCGUCAGCAGAGCUCCUGUUUCUGGGGAACUCACCGGUUUGGCGGAAGGGAAAGGAGCUGGAGCUGAACGUGAAAUCUACUCAGCUGUCGGCCAGGAGGAACCUCAUUCUCCAGUCAGUGUUGGAUAUCUUCCACGAGAAUGGGAUCCACAGACUGAAGGGAGAGGAAAUUCUGCAGUUGACACAGCACGCCAUGGAGAAAAUAAUGGAAAAUGGCAUCUGGAGGCCCAACUGGGCUCUGAAAACCAUGGGUGCCACUGUAGAUGCGGAGAGGACAUCCGAGAGUUAUGGUGGGAAAAGCUGGAAGAACCACUGCCUUCCUCCACUCUUGUCCACUGCAAAGCCUCCUGAGACACUCCUGCAGCCCGAUAUUUCUCCUGGCAACUGCUGGGCUUUCCCAAGAUCUCAGGGCCACGUGGUCAUCCGGCUGCCAGAGGAAAUCCAGCUCACGGCUCUCACCAUCUGGCACAUCUCCAGGGCGGUCUCUCCCUCUGGGGAAGUCAGCAGUGCCCCCAGAGAGUUUGCUGUCUCAGGAGUGGAUGAGGCUGGCGGUGAAACUCUCCUGGGGUUGUUCAUUUAUGACGUGGACGGAGAGAUCGCCCAGACCUUCCACCUGCAGGAGGAGCCCCGCAAAGCCUUCGGCCAUGUCAAACUGGAGGUGUGGAGCAACUGGGGAAAUGCAGAACACACCUGCGUGUAUCGGGUGGAAAUUCACGGCAACUCGCAAAAGACAGCAGAAAUUUGACAGAAGGAAAACUUAAAAUAAAAUCUUGAUGACUUUCUGCCCGCCUUGCGGGUGAUGACUGGAGCGGCGCGUUGGGGCCGGGGGAGGGCGGAGCUGCAGGGCUGAGUUGGGCUGUGAUGUCAUCACCCUGCGCCGCGAGGAGGAGGCGGCCAUGCGGUCACACUCUCCUCCUGGUCCCCCUCCCAUCUGACCAUUAGAGCCUCCCCCACUCCAGUUCCCCCAGUCCUUUUCGACCUCCCACCUCAGUGCCCCCCGCUCUCCAUUCUUAUCCCCAGGGUCCCUUCCCCUCCCUUCCCAUUCCCCCGUUCUGGUCCUCACUCCCCCCAGUACUCCCCUCAGUCCCCUGUUCCGACUCCUAGAGUCCCCUGUUGUCCCCCUUAACACCCCCCAGUGAGUCCUUCCAUUCUUACUCUAAUGAUCCAUUCACCCCCCGCCCCAUAUUUUUUCCAGUUCCCCCAUUCUGAUCCCUAUACUCUUCUUCAACCCUCCAUUUCAGUGCCCCCUGCCCCCUCCCACUCAGUUCCCCAUUCUUACCCCCAGGGUCCCUUCCCUUCCCCUCCCCCACUGUCCCUACCCCUCUUAUUCCUCCACACCGAUCCUCUCCCCCCCGAAUACCCUCCUCAGUCCCCCAUUCUGACCCCUAGAGUCUCCUAUCCACUCCUCCCCCAUGAAACUUCUCAUUCUGACCACCUCUCUCCCCCCCCCAGUGAUUCCCCCUAUUCUUACCCUAAGGGUCCCUUGCCCCCAUUCCCCCAUUCUGAUCCUCUUCCUCCCCCAGUGAAUCCCCCCACAGCCUGCUAUAGCCCUUAUAUUACUCUACAGCCCUCUUUAGCUCCAUAGUACCCUACAGCCCCCCCAUAUCCCUCCACAGCCUCUCAAAGCCCAAUAUGACCCUACAGUCCCCUGAUAUCCCCCCACACCUUCCUAUAACUCCAUAUUACUCUUCAGCCCCCAUAUAUCUCCUCACAGCUCCCUAUAGCCCCCGAUUACCCUACAGUCCCCUGAUACCCCCCACAACCCCCUAUAGCCUUGUGUUACCCUAUAGACCCUCUAUAUUCCCCAACAGCCCCCUAUAGAACCAUAUUACCUUACAUCCCCUUUAUAGCCCCCAAUAGCCCUUUAUAGACCCAUAUCACCGUACAACCCUCCUAUAGCCCCCCCACAGCUCUGUAUUCCCCUAUGUUCUCUCACAGCUACUUCUAUCCGCAGAUACUCCUAUCACCCUCUGGAGCCCACUACAGCCCCAUAUCCUUCCAUAUUUACCCCAAUAGCCCCCCCACAGCCCCACCUACGCCUAUAGCCUUCUGAUUGUUCUGUACUACCCUAUACCUCCCACAGACCCAUAUUACCCUAAAGCCUUUCUAUAUCCCCUCACAGCCUCCCGUAGCCCUUUAUUACCCUACAAUCCUUCUACAUCCCGCCACAAAGCAA